AUGACGAGCCAGCAGACUGCCGCGCUCCAUGAGGCGUCCGCGGCCGCACCACCGCGAGAGCCCCCCAGGCGUGCGCGCGCUCGCACAUCCACCCGACGAGGCCCACUGCACCGCAUUUUCGGCCCUCCACGUGACAGCGCUGUUGCUCCCGAUAAUUUGUCGCGCCGCCCUCCCACGGCCAGCCCCAGCCGCCCCCGGGCGACACCGAGUGAACGCUACCUCCGCCGCUCCCAGGCCCGUAUUCGCGAACAGCGCUCGGCCGCCAUGGACCUGACCAACGACAUGCCAGACUCGCUGAGUGACGUGCCCAUCAACAACCCCUUCACCGCCAAUGUAAAUGCAAACAUGCUCGCCCGCCCCCGGAGCCCAAUCGUCCAGGUCAACAGCGAGCGCACCCACAAGCGCAGGAAGCUCCACCACGACACGACCAGCCCCGCCGAGUACAUGUGCUUCAAGUAUGGCCACAAGGGCCAGGUCGUGCCAGGGCGCCUGCGUAUGGAAGUCGUGAGCUGUGACGGCGGCGAGCAUCGCAGGGACAACCCCCCAGGCCUAUACAGAGUCCAAAAUGUCUUGAGGAACGAUAAGAGUGUCUAUUGCAGCGAGAGCUCACAAUGCAACCUGCUGCUGAAACACAUUGGCGAGGCCCCUUUUGCCCUAGAAAAGGUCGUCAUUCGAGCACCGGACCGUGGAUUUACGGCUCCUGUCCAAGAAGGUCUUGUUUUCGUGUCCAUGUCUGCAGAUGAUCUCUUGUCGGGCACAUCUGCAUACAGUUUGCAUUAUGAUAAUCGCUCCCCCCUUAUGUCCCCCACGCCUAGCCUGCCCAACGAAGACAACGAGCAGAUAUCUCUGCGGGAGGCCCUUGAAGACCCGUCCGUAUGGCAGUACUCCCGCCAAGGCACUCAAGAAGACAUGGAGGAGCGCAUCGAGAAUCUUCGUCUCCGCAGUGAAAGGCUAAACGCCGAAUCCGCAAACUUGAUAUCCUCAUUGCGCUCGGACUCAGACCGUCGACGCAUAUUGCGUCAGAUGGUCGAACAUGAAGACGAGGCCGAAGCCGACAACUGUGACCAUGUAGCAGAUGAUUCUUACAGCCCUGCUGCUGGCAUUUCGGCUCCUACCCCGCCACCCUUCACCGUCACAACAGCGGUUAGCGAAGAUGACGAGUCGGACUCUAACGAAGAACUUCCUAGUGCUGCCAUCAUGGCAGACCGUCUACGAAGAGAGAGUCGUUGGCACCCAGAGAGCGACGACGAAGAUGACGAGACAGUUUCGCGUCCGGCAUCUAUCCGUGGACCACCCACGUUGGGAUACAGUCAGUACGGUAGCGAAUGGAGAGAACGGAGAGAGCGGUACAUGGAGCCAAUUCGUGCGUCACGCAUCACUGCACCUAGUCGCAUCGAGCCAUCCGAGCGCACCACAGAUGCUGAACCACCCAUUGCUCCGCAUGCACGUUUUUUUAUUGCAAAGAACAAGAACAAGAUCACUAUCAAGUUCCACCCAGCCAUUUCCGGGAGGCAUGUUCUACUCAAAUUCUGGAGUCCCAAACGUGACGGCAAUAUUGACAUUGAGAGUGUUCAGUUCUACGGCUAUUCGGGUCCUCGAUAUUUUCCCGCUAUUCAACCACGGUAA